CAGCUUUUGUGCUCCUGAGAUGCUGCUUGGCCUGCUGUGUUCAUCCAGCCUCACAUUUUAUUAUCUUAGUAUGAAAAAGUAGUUUGGAUAGCGAACGCUACCAGAUAUGAAAUCCUGCCACUGCAACUGUAACUGAAUUUUUUGAAGGAUCUAGGCCCGAAACAUCAGCUUUCUUGCUCCCUGAUACCGCUUGACCUGCUCUGUUCAUCCAGCUCUACACCUUGUUAUCUUCAGAUUCUGCAAUAUCUGCAGUUCCGACUGUCACUGCAACUGUAUCAUUUCUUUUGCUACAUUUUGUUGUCGUAACGCAUACGCACCAGAAGUGGCUCCACCUUUCUGAAUGAAUGAUUGAACGAGUGAGGUUUCCGUCCAGUGUUCCAGUGCUGAUCCGGCUCCAGUCUUUCCGCCGUGUGCUACACGCUGGUUGCGGAUCCGGCUCCAGUUUUUCCGACGAGUGCUCCACUCCGGUUUUGGAUCCAGCUCCAGUAUUUCCGCCGUGUGCUCCACUCUUGCGACCGCUGUGGCCUGCUCCAGUUCAGUUCCAUCUGCGCCCGUGUGUGAGAAUCACGUUUCUUCGGUUCUUCUCCAUUGUCCGCGGUAUGGGGAGACGGAAAAACAGACCCAGAAACCGAGACAGGAAUGCAGAUACUGACAACAAGCCUGGUUGGGGAGCUGGUUACCAAGAGAUUAUUAAAGAAAACAAACUAUAUGAAGAAUAUUACCAAAGACAGAAGAUUGUUCCUGAGGGGGAAUGGGAUCAGUUUAUGGCAACCAUGAGAGAAGCAUUGCCAGCUACUAUUCGGAUAACUGGGUAUAAAAGCCACGCAGAAGAGAUUUUGCAUUGUCUAAAAACAAAGUAUUUCCAAGAAUUGCAGGACUUGGAGGUGGAUGGGCAGAAGAUUGAGGCCCCACAACCUUUGAGCUGGUAUCCAGGUGAAUUAGCUUGGCAUAUUAACAUUAGCAGGAAGAUGCUGAGAAAGUCACCAGUCUUGCAGAAGUUCCAUCAGUUUCUUGUUAGUGAAACAGAAUCUGGGAAUAUCAGUCGCCAGGAAGCUGUCAGUAUGAUUCCUCCUUUGCUGCUUGAUAUUAAGGCACAUCAUAAGAUUCUCGAUAUGUGUGCAGCACCCGGAUCAAAGACUGCUCAGCUGAUUGAGAUGCUGCAUUCUGACAUGAAUGUUGCUUUUCCAGAGGGUUUUGUAAUUGCUAAUGAUGUUGACAACAAGCGGUGUUACCUAUUGGUUCAUCAGUCAAAGCGCUUGCAUAGCCCAUGUAUUAUGGUGGUGAAUCAUGAUGCAUCGAAUAUACCAAGAUUACAGAUGGCGGACGCUGAUGGUCAAAGGAACAUCCUCUUCUAUGACAGGAUUUUGUGCGAUGUACCAUGCAGUGGUGAUGCAACCUUGAGAAAGAAUAUUGAUGUGUGGCAGAAGUGGACAACCAGCAACAGCCUCCAGUUGCAUGGCUUACAGCAAAGGAUUGCCAUCCGUGGUGUCGGGCAGUUAGCAGUUGGAGGCAGAAUGGUUUACUCCACCUGUUCUCUGAACCCUAUUGAAAAUGAAGCUGUAAUAGCAACUAUUCUUGGGAAGAGUGAAGGAACUCUUGAAUUAAUUGAUGUUUCAUCGGAGUUGCCAGGGUUGAAGAGAAUGCCUGGCUUAACAUCAUGGGAGGUAAUGACAAGGGAAGGACAUUGGUAUGCAGAGUGGUCAGAAGUGCCAGAGAGUAAACAGACUCAAAUCCGUCCCACAAUGUUUCCAAUCAAAGACCCUGAGAAGCUCAAAGCAAUGAAUCUGGAAAGAUGCAUUAGGGUACUUCCUCACCAUCAAAAUACUGGAGGAUUCUUUGUUGCUGUUUUGGAGAAAAAGGCUCCAAUGCCUUGGAACAAGCGUGAGCCAAAGCUGAGACGUAAAGGAGUGGUGGCUGAUUCCCUAGUUGAAGGCCCUGAUGAGAAAUCUGCAGAAAGCGAAGAAAUUAAAAAAUACGAAGAAGGUGAAGAAACAUCAGGUAGUAAAGAUGGUAUUUGUUGCCCGUCUCCGCCAAAGAAAAUGAAAUUGUUUGGGUUCAAAGAAGACCCCUUUGUCUUCUUGAGUGAAGAUGAUCCAAUAUUUCUACCAAUUCAGAAAUUUUAUCAAUUGGAUCCAUCUUUUCCAAAGUCGAAUGUCCUCACUAGAACGCAUGAGGGAAAGAAGCGUCACCUCUACAUGGUUUCAAAGGAACUAAGAAAUGUGCUUCUCCAUAACAGUGAACGAAUGAAGGUGAUUAACAUGGGAAUUAAAGUUCUGAGUCGCAAUAAUGAUGGAGAAGAAUUUGGCUGUGCCUUCAGGUUAGCACAAGAGGGGAUUUAUACUAUCAAUCCAUACAUUAAUGAAAGAAUCAUUAAGAUUUGUAUUGAAGACGUUAUGGUGCUGUUAACACAAGAAAAUCCAUUCAUUGGCAAGCUUACAAGUGAACCACAGAAACAAGCAAAGAAACUGAGUAUGGGGAGUGUUGUGUUGAAGUAUGAACCAGAUCCUUCAAAUAUUGAAGGUCCAAAGUGCCCAAUUGUGUUGUGUGGCUGGAGGGGAAAGAAUUCAAUCCGCGCCUUUGUUGCCAGGAAUGAGCGUUUUCAUUAUCUACGAAUGUUGGGUGUAGAGGUUUUCAGAGACAAGAGUAAGGGUGAUGGAUCAGACAGCGUGACUACUGAGAAAACUGAGGAGCCAAUAGAAGAAGGGGAUUUGAAUGUACAGGGAGACACUGGGCAUUUGAAAGACAAUUCUGAAAUUGUGCAACGAUCUGAAGAAAAAUCUGCUGAGAUCUUGGGGUCAACAGAAGAACCUGAAGAACAUCAAGUAGUACAGCAUGUGACGAUGGAAAUCAUCAAUAUUAAAAGAAUUCAAGAACCUGUCGAAUCAUGUUCAAAAAUUGAAAGCUUAGGUGCUGACAUGGCACAUCCGGAUGCAAGUUAAUAAGGUGUUAGGGUUUUAAGCUUUUAAGAAAUGCCAAACAUGAACUUACAUAGAUUGCAGCAUAAACUAUCUGAUGACUUGGUGUUGGAUAUCCAAUGCUACCAGCUGUUUCUAGAGGAAACUAUCAUUCACUUGCAAUCCAAAGUUGAAUAUUCCCUUUUAAUGUACUCAAACCUUUCCUAACUAGAUAAAUAGCCUUGAAUAUGCGGGCAUUUUGUUUUUGAGUCACGUUGCCAUAUUUUGCCCAGUAAAAGUCUAUGGAUCUUA